AUUUGGGCUCGUUUCUCUCGUGUGUGAGUCUUGAAGACUGUUGUUGACAUCUUAGGCCUUAGGCGUAGACGUUGUUAAGUGUGGCCUUGAUGGGGUCACGCUGUCGACACGUGGUGCUGACGGGACCCCCAGGUGUAGGGAAGACGACCUUGGUUCGGAAGAUUGUGUCGGAUCUGCAGGCAGCUGGGAUAACCUGUGAAGGAUUUUAUACACAAGAAUUACGGCAGGGAGGGAAGCGUGUCGGCUUUGAUGUUGUCACUCUGAAUGGCAAGACAGGUGUAUUGGCCAGAGCCAAACCAGACAGCGGCAACAGGCGAGAACACCGUGUGGGGCAAUACGUUGUUGAUCUUCCUGCUUUUGAGUCUCUCGCGCUCCCUCUACUUCAGACUCGGGGUACCAGUCCUCAUAUCAUGGUGUUGGAUGAGAUUGGAAAGAUGGAGAUGUUCAGCCAAGGAUUUGUGCGCGGAGUACGUCACGUUAUGUCGCAACCAAACCUGACGCUCCUCACCACUAUUCCCAUUCCAAAAGGCAAACCAAUUCCACUCGUUGAAGAAAUUCGAAACCACCCAGAUGUUCUUCUAGUAAAUUUGACACGAGAAAAUAGAGAUGAUGGCAGUCUUCAUGAAAAGAUUUUGACUGUACUGUCAACGUCACUUAAAAAUUGAUGGGCUGUGUGUUGCCUGGAGGCCCUAUGGUCAGAAGUAUAAUUUGAAUACACUGUAUAGCAAGUUGAAAAAGCAAAUCACUUAGAUAUUGGAAACAUUAUUGAUGGGGUUCUAGUGCUUCGUGCUUUACUUACAAUAUGGUUUCAAUAAAACAAUUGACAAUUCCUGGAAGUUCCAAUAUGGAAAAAGUGUUGAUUAUUUGACACCAACAGUGGAAGUAAGGGUGUUGUGUUAAACUGAGAGGGCUUAGUAUUUUAUUUGUGACAUGAAACAUUGUUUUAUGCUAAGAUUACAUCUUAUAAAGCUUCGACCAUAUUCUUGAAGAUGUGUGGUAGGCCAAGUGUGCUAGUUUUGAUCAUUUGCAAUUAAUUUAAAAUGUUUGUAUUCAAUAAAAAUACAGUAGUA